AGUGCGUGAUCGCCAUCUUCCUCCUAUUUGUCUGUUUCCCCAUAUUUGAAUCGUAAUAAGACUUUUUCACGAUCAUUCACGAACAAUAACUGUUCCAAGAUGUUUGGCACUAAGAGGCCAGCCGAAGAAGAACCAUGUGAACAGGCAUGGCAGCCACCAGGAUUUGAACAAUGGCGGCAGCAGCAACAAAAUAAAGCUUCUACCAACUGGCCACUUGAAAGAAAGAAGAAAAGAAAGAGUCGCUGGGCACAUGAUGAGCAGGACAAAACUUUUAUCCCAGGGAUGCCAACAGUGCUGCCGCAGAACCUUUCUGGAGACCAAGAAAGGCAAUACCUAUUGCACCUUCAGAUAGAAGACAUCAGUCGUAAACUGCGAACAGGCGACCUUGGAAUUCCACCAAAUCCAGAAGACAGAUCGCCGUCACCGGAACCGAUCUACAACAAUGAAGGGAAACGGUUGAAUACGCGAGAAUACAGGACUAGGAAGAAACUCGAGGAGGAACGACAUGCUAUGAUCCAAGAAGCGAUGGGUCUGAAUACAGAGUACAAACCUCCAGCUGACUACAAGCCGCCAAUCAUCAAAGUGAGUGACAAAGUGAUGAUUCCCCAGGAAGAACAUCCUGACAUCAAUUUUGUUGGCUUGCUGAUUGGACCGAGAGGAAACACGCUGAAAAAGCUUGAGAAGGAGACUGGAGCCAAGAUUAUCAUACGAGGGAAGGGUUCAGUGAAAGAGGGGAAAAUAGGACGCAAGGAUGGUCAACCCUUGCCCGGUGAAGAUGAACCUCUACAUGCAUACGUCACUGCCAGCAAUCCUGAGAAUGUCAAGAAGGCAGUUGAUAAAAUCAAAGAAAUCAUCCGACAAGGAAUAGAAGUACCAGAAGGCCAGAAUGAUCUACGAAGGGAACAACUCAGAGAACUGGCACUACUUAAUGGUACAUUGAGAGAAAAUGAUGGACUGAUGAAACUAAAACAACUACAACAAGCCCAAACUAUCUAUACAAACACAGUGUUAUGUACAAUCUGUGGGGGAGCUGGUCAUUUGGCGCAGGAUUGUAAACAGAAAAGACCUGGCGAUUCAAUCCGAGCAGCAAUGGCAGCUGGCAUACAACCUACAAACGUAGACAAAGCAAAGAUGGAUAGUGAGUACAUGUCACUGAUGGCAGAGCUUGGUGAAGGUCCUCCGCCACCCAAGGAGCAGGCUCCUCCUCAAAGGUCACACUACCAUCAUAAUCAGAACAGAUUCAACCCUCAGCAUAAUGCACCUCCUCCACCUCUGAUGAGCCAACCUGUCACACCACCAUGGCAACAGCCACCCCCACAGUCGCAGUCGCAACAGAUGCAGCAAAACAAGAUUCCAGGUCUGAUGAAUAUCGCAACCCAGCCACCGCCAAACAGUAUGAGCAGUCAGCAUGGUCAGAUGGGGAUGCCGCCUCCAGGAUUAGCUACAUCAUCAGGCCAUCUACCUCCCUGGCAACAUGGUAUAUCUGCAAGUUCUGGAGUAGCUACGCCACAAAGUUCGUCAAGUUACUCGUCUGUACCUCCUCCAAGCUCACUGCUGACUGCACCACCUCCGCCACCACCAAGCAGCCAGUCUGGCGGUGGGUUACCUUGGCAGCAGAAUCAACACAUAGCUCACAGUGCUCCAAACAGUAUGGGCAUACCACCUCCUCCAAAUACAAGCGCUGUUACGUCGAUGCCUCCACCAUGGCAACAACAGCAGCAGUUCAACCAGCCGCCGCCUCCACCCAGCAGCUCGAUACCUCCGUGGCAGCAGAAUAUGCCAGCUCCAGUUCAGGCACCAUCACCAGUGGCUCCACCUCCACCACCACCCCCUGUUUCACAACCAAGCUUCAAUCCAGUCGCACCGCCACCACCACCUCCAGACAUGAAUAACUACAGCAGCCAUGGUGGUGGCAUAUCGUCUCUUCUUGGACCUCCUCCUCCACCACCUCCAAAUUCGGGUAAAAAUUAUUGGAUUUAUCCGUUUCAAUCGCUGACAAAACGUAGUCAUCGGGUUAUUGUAAUUAAGGGGAUUGGGCACAGAAGCCUUAUAAUGGCUACCACUGAUACAAAAAUGUCGACGACGGAUAGGCCUGUUGGUAGUGUCCCGUUUCCACUCAGUCAUAGGCUUACCAUGAACGAAGUGUUUGAUCCUAAUGGAAAACCACGACCAGAUGUCAUAAAGCAACAUUUUAUUCAAGAAGGAAGGGUAGUAGAAGAUGUAGCCUUAAGAAUAAUUAACGAUGGUGCUGCGUUACUCAGAAAGGAAUCAACUAUGCUAAACAUUGAGGCACCAGUUACAGUGUGUGGUGAUAUACAUGGACAAUUUUAUGACCUAAUGAAAUUGUUUGAAGUGGGUGGUUCACCAGCUACCACGCGCUACCUCUUUUUAGGAGAUUAUGUAGAUAGAGGAUAUUUCAGCGUAGAGUGUGUAUUAUAUAUUUGGGCAUUGAAAUUAGUAUAUCCCAACACAUUGUUCCUGCUUAGAGGUAACCAUGAAUGUAGGCAUCUAACAGAGUAUUUCACAUUUAAACAAGAAUGUAAAAUAAAGUACAGUGAAAGUAUAUACGAUGCAUGUAUGGAGGCCUUCGAUUGCCUUCCAUUGGCAGCGUUGAUGAACCAGCAGUUCCUUUGUGUACACGGAGGUCUUUCACCAGAAAUACACACGUUAGAUGAUAUCAAGAAGCUGGACAGAUUCAAAGAGCCUCCAGCGUACGGACCCAUGUGUGACCUGCUUUGGUCAGAUCCACUGGAAGACUUCGGCAACGAAAAAACGACAGAACAUUUUACUCAUAAUAGUGUUAGAGGUUGUUCAUAUUUCUAUAGCUAUGCAGCCUGUUGUGAAUUCUUACAGCAGAAUAAUUUACUGUCAAUAAUCAGAGCACACGAAGCACAGGAUGCUGGUUACCGGAUGUACAGAAAAAGUCAGACGACAGGAUUUCCAUCACUAAUCACAAUGUUCUCCGCACCUAAUUACCUGGAUGUAUAUAAUAAUAAAGCUGCCAUACUGAAGUAUGAAAAUAAUGUGAUGAACAUCCGGCAGUUCAACUGCUCACCACAUCCGUACUGGUUGCCAAACUUCAUGGACGUGUUCACCUGGUCACUUCCAUUCGUUGGGGAGAAAGUGACAGAGAUGUUAGUGAAUGUUCUGAAUAUCUGCUCAGAUGACGAACUCCUCCAAGAGGGUGAUGACAAUUUCGAAGGUGGUUCAGUCGCAGCUAGAAAGGAAGUCAUCAGGAACAAAAUCCGAGCCAUUGGCAAAAUGGCUCGUGUCUUCACUGUUCUGAGGGAAGAGAGUGAAAGUGUGCUCCAACUUAAAGGUCUCACACCAAAUGGUCUGCUACCUAUUGGUGCAUUGUCAGGGGGCAAGGAGACUCUCACCAAUGCUCUCACCGGGUUCUCGCCCAGUCACAAGAUCCAAGGCUUCGAGGAGGCAAAGAGCUUAGACAAAAUGAACGAGAGAAUGCCACCAAGGAAGGAUAUUGUAAACAACGCCAGCACCAAGGAUGGAAAGUAAUCCGGAGAUGGCGAAAGACCUUGAAGGUCAAACGAUCUAUGAAUUUACAUGUGAAACAAGGUAUCAUCAGAAUACGAACAGUGUUUUCCUAGGUAAUGGGAAACUUAAUGGAUUAAUUCCAUUCUUGACUAGGUUGGAUUGGAGGUGGAAAUCUUAAUAGUAACAUGAUGAUUUUGGUUGUGCAUUGCCAUGCUCUGUGAUGUCUCACGUCGACGCUGUCUAGAAGUCAAUGCCUGGUGACCAGCUGAUGAUAAUUCUGUUCUUAACAGGACAUAAGGUUGGGCAGAUGCCCUUGCGUUGUUUUGUUUCCAUGUAAACAUGAAAGAAAUAACCACUUUGCACAUGUCUUGUAAAGAUCACGCAUAUUUGUGCCAUUACAUGCAAUCUUGUAUCAGUUAAGUGCCACAAUCUUAAAACCCUCAUUAAUUUUGCAAGAUUCCAAUGUAAGGGGUACGUUGUCAAUUAUUCAGCUGGUGACUUUUUAUAGUGACUUUUGUGCUGUAGUAAAGUUAUACACGAUAAUACUAUGUACAUGUACUGCACAAGGUUCUGAAUCUGAUCAGCCAUGCACGGUACCCAUCGUCUCAAGAGACUACCUUCAGGGACCUCAUUCACAACCAAACAAAUCUUUUGCUAAAUCGAAUUCCUUUUGUCAAACGAGCCUGUUGAUGUGCUUUCACCUCCAGCUAGGUUUUCAGAACAAUCAGUUAGAUAAUCAUAUUCAUUAUACUAGUAAACAUUGCCAUUGAGAGUCAUUCUCUUUGGGAGAAAUUUUUGGGAGUUUUGAAAAUGAAUGUUCCGGUUGAUAACUGAUAUUGGUCUUGGAGCAGUUUAAUCUAUGCUGUGCAAUGGUGGUUGAAAGACGAUGAUGUGCCUGAAUUCCCCUCUAAUCACUGAAGCUUGACUCUUGCAGACAACGCGCAUGAAUAUAAUUGCAAUGAUCUGCUAGAUGUAUGCCAUAAUAUGCAGCUGAUGUAUACUUAUUGAGUAAUGUGGAUGUAUCUCCACUUGGACCUAUUUUCCUUUUUUACCUGGGAGGAGCUAUAUUUUUCUAUGAUGUUUGCAAUCAAUCAUAUUGGCCUCGAAGUGGUCCUGUGUGAGAUAAAAAAUAAUGCUAGACUAAAUAUGCCUUGCCAUGGGGCCGUGUCAGUUGAACAAACUUGCAACUUGUUAUGUGUGAUAUUAGACUUGAAAAUGACUUGUAUGAUGCAACCAGGUAUAACUUUUAGAAGGGAGAAGGCAUAUCUCGGGAUAUGCCAUAGGGAAGAGAGAAAGCAAUAUUUGAUGUUACAUAAUGUUCUUUUUUGUAAUCUGAAGAGAAAUGAGAGAUCUGGCAGGGUGGAUGCCAUUUGCAAUCAAGUGCGCACAUUAACUAGCUCCCUAUAUGAUAAGAAUUCAUUCAUUUUCCUAUCUUAACAGAACACCAUGUCCAUAGCUUAGUGGGCUGUGAAAGUGGGGUUACCAGGUUGGUCAGGAGUGAAUUUCACUUCCCAACUGGAACCCAGGGGCAGUAUGACAGUCAUGGGGUUGAGAUUGUGUUGCCAAGUCUUCAUUUAGUCUCAUGUCUUUGGUAUAGUGUAGUGCUUGGAAGUGAAUUAUUGUGCCAGUGGUUGGUCUCAGUAGCAUAUAUCAUGAGCUAGAAUGCUGGCCAACCUUACGUGCUAGCCAUGGUUUGCCCUUGGCUUCGAUGCUCUCCAAUUUGAUGGGAUUCAUAAAAAGUGCCAUUAGGACUGUGGAACCAUGAUGACACUACAGUGAGAGGGUUUGAACCCUGUUAAUGACUAUUAAAGUUGCUCCCUAGCAAAACAAUUCAGUGAUUUGUUCAACUGGCAUGGCCUAGUAUCACAGACCACUGUUUACCUGUGUUGUGUUGCGACCCCUUUCGCUGUGGAUUUCAGACAGUGCUGUUUGGUGAAACUAGUGUUCAUAUACACACAUCUUUCUCAAGUCUCAACAUAUAUAUUUAUAUAUAUUGCUUAUUUAAAUCAAGUGAAUUAGUGAUGUAGUUGUCAAAGUGAUGCAGAGUUGUUACGUUUGUUUGGAAAUGUGGUUGUCAGUAGGUACAGUGGUCUUUGAAGCUGUCAUGGUGAGUUCCUGGAAACGUAUGGCCCCUUCUCCCCUUUGCCUUUCAGGGCCCCAGUAACUUGGUACAUGACACAUUUUUUCCCAGUCAAUUUAACAGAUUUUCCUUUAUGAAUAUUCUAAGAUUACUUAGCUACUUUUGCUCAAAGAAAGCAUGCUUGUUUGGCUAACACAAAUGUCAAGGUAGUGAGAUGCAAAGUAAACAAGAGAAGCCACUCUGUACGCUAGCGCCAUCUUGACCGAGGUAGCUCAUCAGAUGGGAGAGGAAAUUUGUGGAUCUGAAUCCAGCUGUUGACACCUGACCACUUAAGGGUAGGACAAAAUGCAUGAGAGAUGUGCCCUCCUUAGAGUGAGUACCAGGGGAGCCACCUUAAGUUUAGUAAGAAGAACUAUCAUGUACAAUUUUCUGAUACAUCUUGUCCUUUUCCUUUAUGCCUACCCGUAUGUAGUGAUAACAGCUUGAGAUAUCUAAUACUCGCUGUUCACUUUGUGAUAAGACAGUUCUUACCGAUUCUAGCUAAAGAAGCAUUCUUUCUUGAGCUAAGUUAUCCGAUCGCCUAGCAGGCAGUAGUGUCUUGUGCCCUAUACCCUUUGGAUAGGGGCAUGUAUGUAGAAAAAUUUACGCAUUGUAAAUGUAUCUAAGGCUGUAAUGAAUAAUGCUGAUUUUAAAUGAACUUGAAUAUAUAUAAAUAUAAAUAUAUAUAGAUAUUAUCUUAUUGUAAAUUGUUUGCUGUAAAUUUCCAUUUGAAAAUCUUAGAGCUCUUAGGUAAUGUAAUUGCAUAUACUCAGUAGUCUCGGUAAUCGCAGCUCGAACUUAAAAUCAUUCGAAAAAAUUUAGAUUUCAUUGAGGUGAGUUUCAACCAGUUUCUGUUUCUUAGUCAUUAGCACUAGGCUACCAGUUAUAAAUUGUAAUAAAAUGAAAAGGUCAGGUCUGUGAUGGGCUCUAAUAGUUGUAACACACCUAUGGCAUGCAGAAACAACGUUGUGAUUGCCUCCAACAUUCAUCACAGAUCUCGGGCAAAACUAUUUGUAUCGAUCUUAGAUUAAUUUUAGUGGUGAUCUCCUGCGGGAAAUUCUGGAAUGAGUCUUUGCAAUUGUUUUAUGCUUAGAAACGUAUCUAAUUACCUAUUGCCAAAUCUCAACUGGUUAUGAAGUCGGCUAUAGACUGUUCAAGAAUAUUAGGCCGAUCAGUGGCUUUGCCCACUGGUUGUAAGGAGUUUGGGUUGGAAUGAGUUUGAACUUGGUGAUAGCUGUUAACAAGACUUCAGGAAAGUGCUUUGGUGAAAAUUUGUGACGAGCUCAUGUUUGUUAUGGAGAUAACUCAGGGUUCAUAUAGAGAGUUUCUAGAUUGACAGUGCAGGGUGAAUAUCUCCUGCCUUUGAGAUGGAAAGCUGCUCCUUAUAGGAUCUGAUCAGAUGUUGAAUGAAGAUUGAAUUCCAGAACAUAACAAGUAGCAUAGCGACAGUCGAUUCUAGCCUUUAUCUCUCAACCAUGGCAAGAGUAGACCGAGAUCUUGAACAGUCUGUAGUUUGAUUUGUUGCAAUGUUGUCAUUGGUAAACGUAGUGGGAAUAAAUCUUCAGUCUGAAAUGACUGUGUUCCUGAGAAAGGACUAAAGAAGUAACGAAAGUGCUAAAGAAAGAUAGGGACCAGAGAGUUGGCCCUGGUACCACCAGAUGUUUAGUUGUGAAGUUAUUGGGCUUUUUUGUUUUGUUUGUUUUGAGCGUUAACAGUACAUUGUCAUCUGUUGUCUUUGACAAGUGCAGUUAUUAGAUGGUUAUUGAUCUGUCUGAAUGUUGAUGUUGACAAGAGCGACAGCAUGAUGGACGAUUAAUCAUACUCACUGUUGUGCUGGCUUGAUCCGUGAAGCGCCUAUGAAUAAAGAUCAAGGUAUGAAAAAAGGAGAUUUCUCCCACAGGAAAACUUUACGUUUGAAAAAUUUCGCCUUUAGAGGUUUGAAAGAUCAAUGGUUUGGACUUCAUUGUGCACCUAAUAUCUGAUGUCAUAAAUCUCUGAGGCUGCACUUGUCCUUGAUUUCGGAAUGACUGCUCACUAUUAAGAUAAGGAUCUGGUUUACAGUAAGCUGUUCAGAUGUGCUAAGAAGUGUGUAGUAAUGCUUGUGAAUGUAAAGUUAUUUCAAGGUGGUUUCAUUGUUUCAGAUCAAAGGUUGGAUACAUUUGAAUGUUAUAUUUGGACUGUUGACCAUAAUGGUUCGUAUCGUGUCUCAAUCAUGCUAGAAUGCUAAUCUUUGUUCUAUCAGCCAAUUGCAUACCAUCCUAUGCAUAUUCAUGCUAAAACAAAACAUUGUGGUAGAUAUUUGACAAAGUUUUCCCUGGUGGGUUUGGAAACAUGCUUAUCACCUGUGCGCUAGGCUAACAUAUCUAUCAAAACCACAACCUUGCAUCAGAAUAACGAACAGAUGAGCUAGUAUGCAAACAUGCGUCACACAAAUGCAAUAUAUUCAUCUAUUGUUUCGGUGCCAGAUGCAGUAAGCUUAUCCCAAGACCGCUGUAAAUGUAAGUGCUGAUAUUGUUGCUGUUCAUAAUAGCUUGGGCGACAUUAGUUUUCAAUAUUUCCAGUAUGUUGACUUUGGUUUAGGUUCAGAAUUGUAGUAUUUGGGAAUGUUGAAAGUGAGCGUUUUACUUUAUUUCAGUAGUCUGCAGUGUUAGUGGUAUCAGCUAGGUGUAACAAUUCAAUUUUUCCUCUGUAGACAUAGUCAACCCAAUAUGUGUAGGUAAAUAUCGAAAACACUUUCUUGUUUACCAGGUUUUUGCCCGUUCAGUAGCUAGGGUCUUUCCUUCUCAUUCUACUUGUAGUAGAUCAACUUAGAUAACCAGUUUUAGUGUAAAUUUAUGGGUGUAGCUGUAGGCUUUCUUACAAUAACUUAUUUUCUCCUUUCAUUUCCCAAGUGCCGGAACUAACCGAUUAUUAGGAUAAGUGCAAUCGUUAAUAUUUGCUAUGGUGAUACUUGGUGAACUCUAAAAAUCUUAACUCUGUUUACGCUUUGAAAACCAAAGUGUCGACACUUUCUCUCUCUUGUAAACAUUUGUAAAAUACUGUACCAGUAUGUAUAAAUCAUUGCAUGUGUAAAUCAACAUUUGUUGAAGUACAGUGUCGAGAUGGUUAUGUCAUGGUGAAAUAGUUAUGGCCUGAAUAUUUGAAAUUUGUCUCCUUAUGCAUUCAUUAUAUGAUAUAGUACUUCUUGACUCUUUCAUCCUUUUACCUUGGAUAUUGUAUAGGAAACCUAACCAUGUAGCAUCUGUGGUUGUCAGUAAGGUAGCAGUUUUACUUUCUUAUUUACACAUUUUAAGAAAUUUCGAUGUCGUACGACUAUGAGGACACUUGUAAUGAAAUUUGAUGUGGAUAUAUUGACUAUUUAUUAUUCUCUUUACGCUGACAAGUGGCAAUGUAAAAGAAUAUAGCCUAGCUUGGUUAGGUUUUGUUGGUAAUCGUAACCUGCCCUAUCCUUCAGUAGACUUGUGUGAGCCUGGUUGGUGAUAAGUUUAUGUCGUGGCUGAACAUUGCAGCCCUCUUGUUUGGUCAGUUGCAAUGUUUCUUCUGCCGUUUUGUUCUCAUAGCACUGUAGGCAACAACUUUGUAAUAAUUAUUACUUUGUACAGGAUUUUGACUUAACAGGUUUUGAAUGUUACUUUUACAUUUUUUCCAAAAUCUAUUUUGUCAUUUGUCAUAUUGUUGUUGUAAGUCAUGCAUGUAUUCAUAAUUGUAAACAUAUUUCUGUGUUUAAAUAAAUUAUAACAUUUUCCUUCA